CCACAAUCACGGCGCCUUCCUGCAGCAUCCAGGAGGAGCCGAGGCCCAGCAAAUCCAUGAAUAUCCACCAUCUCCUGGCGACCUGAACCCGGCACCGCACUGACCGUUCACUUUCAUUCACUCUGACGAACUUCCUCGACCCGUAACCGACUGACAGGCAGCGACUCUACCGCCGAUUUUUGUGCGUCAUCUCCAUUCUGGAUCCAGGGCAUCCCAUCCAUCGAUCGAUUCAUCUAAUUUCGUCAUACCAGUCUAGCGGCUUCAUAUUCGCACCAUAACCGGACCCCCAGCUUUCCAUCCGACAAGCUCCCAUCCGCUCGCCCCUGCGAAGCUCGACAUCAACCUCCCGUCCCGAUAUCAAGUCCACAAUCGAUUGCGACACGAUAACGACGACACUUAAUCCCGGUUCCGGCCUUCGGUCAAUGUCGCGCCCUUAAUCUCGAGACCAACACCCGAAAAAGGACAGUCCAGAAUCCUCAAUGUCGACGGCCGCCGACGUCCCUAGGUUCAAGAGCCCAAAUCCCAUGAUCCAAUCCAUCUCAGCAACAAAGCGAUCGACUACCGGUACUGGCGUCAAGAGCGCAAUGUCGACAAAUUGGUUGGGCGCGUACGGUGACUUUAUCACCAAGAAUAAUCACCAGGUCUCACAAAUAGAGUCGACCCUACGGUCUCUAACAUACAUUAUACCUGGCCGUUUCCGUGACGCAGAGAUUGCCUCCGAGUCCAUCCACAGCGGCGUCCAGCUCCUUUCUCUCUACCAUGAUACCCUACUCUUCCGUGCAUCCUCCAAGCUAUCUCAGCCGUCCCUCGCAAACGCGCCCUCUCCGCAUAAACGAUACAUCCGCUUCUGGUUUCUCAAGAGCCCCCUCUACCGGCGCGUAGCCUAUCUUCUGCAGAUCGUCAACUAUGUCGAGCUCCUAAUCGAAAUGGCGGCCAAGCGCCGCGGCGAGCGCAUCCGGUGGCGCGCCGUCAUCAUAAUAGAAGCCAUCAAGGCCUUUUGCAAGCUUCUUCUGCUUAGGAUAACAAAGUCGCGGCCGCUGAUAACCCCGGUUCUGCCCGAGCGCGAGCCUCUGCCCGAAGCGCCGACCGACGAGGAAUCCGCAUUCCAAGGGGACGACAGCGGAUACGCCAGCGCAUCAGGGUCGCCACAGCAGUCGUCACCGGAUGGAGAAUGGACUAUGCCUCGCACCGGCAUGUCGCUGCCGACAUUACCUUCGCCCGGCGACAUCAGCAGCUACCUCCUUUCGCGGGUGCUAACAGCCGACGACAUCAAGCCGGCGGCGAAACUGGUCAACCAGCUACAAGGCUCGGCGCAGGUUGCUGAAAUCCUGCACAUCCUGUCACCACUGGCAUUUGCGGUGGCCAUGGCUCGCAGCAAGAAUAAGCGCAAGGCCUGGACUCCGUGGGUGCUUGGGUUGGCGAUAGAGUUGGUCGCUCGGCAGCUGCGGGAUCGCAGCCUACGGACGACGCCGCUUGAGAAGGAGGAAUGGAGCCGUAGAGGCUGGGCUUUGGGAUGGUGGAUGAUGCGCGGGGCGUUCUACGAAAAUAUCACAAAGUCGAUGGUGGAGGGCGUGAGGAAACGGAUGCCGAGCUUGAUUGGGGGCAUUUUGGAGGACUACGAAUACUUGUGGGAGAAUUAUCAUUUCAGCACCAGCCCUUGAUAGGAUUCAGCGUUUCUGGGGUAACGGGCGGGGGGCUAUUGUACACAGUGGAAACCACGGUAUUGGUCACUGGUUACCGAGUCAUAUACCGCCAACGAGUUUGGGUGCCGGAGGCUUUUUCAUCCCAAACUAUCUUGAAGCUUGGUUCAACGCGGUUGGAAAUAAACAAACAGGAGUUUCAGGGGUGGACGCUUGGUAAACUUUGUUGCCAGGGCAAUAUCAAGGCAAGCGAAGAUGGAAGAGUUGGUGAUGUACGAGCAUGUUCUGAUUAGUUCAGCACUUUGUAUAUAAAUACGAUAAUUGAUACGACACAUUCAACCACA